CUAGGCAGAAAAAAUUAUGAACAAGCAAACACAAGGUGCAGUAUUUGGCGUUUUAAGUUUUCUGGCAUUGUUCAGAAUUGGACUAUUGCAAUCCACCGAAGAUGGCAUUUUAUUACCGUUUUCGCCGAAUAUGAAUAACGAUGAAUAUAACGAUGAAUAUAACAAUGAAUAUAUCUUUGGAUAUAAGAAAGAUUACGAUUACUAUGCGAAAGAAGAUGCAACAUUAUCCGCAGAUUCUAACAUUUAUAAAGAUAUAAAUAUAGAUGAAGUUAUUCAUAAGAAGGAUUUAAAUACUGAGAAAUCCAAUAUGGAGAAUUCAAAUACGGAGGAUCCAAUGACAGAUGAUCCAUAUACUGAGAACAAUAUUUUAAAUGUAAAUUGCAAUAAAUUUGACUCAUUGUUUAAUUUUUCAGAUACGAUUAUAAAAAGACUUGGAAAAGAUUUCCAUAAUUCUCCGUUUACAAGAUGUUUGAAUUUUGAAGGAAAUCAAAUAGAAUCAGUCGCGUCUGGUGCAUUUAAUAGUUUACCAGCUUUGGAAUAUUUAAAUCUAGCUGGAAACUCGAUUUCAUUUGUAUUUUCGUUUAAUGGUCAUAAUAAUUUGAAAGUAUUAAUACUCGCAAAUCAAUCAUUGUAUUACGAGCGAAUAUUGGAAAUAUCGGGAGAGUAUCCGGAACUACGUUAUUUAGAUUUAAGUAAUAACAAAAUAUCUUCUAUAAAUCGGCAAAAUGAUUAUUUUCAGGAUGUUUAUAGUUCUACAUAUGAAAUACGUGUAUUUCCUAGAUUAAGUUAUUUGGAUUUAUCUUAUAAUAAGUUGACAACAUUCAAUAAUAAUUUUUUAUUUAAUCGCAAUAUAACGAAUCUGUAUCUAACGAAUAAUAAUCUUUAUCAUGUCGAUUUACAUAUUUAUAGCAAUUUAGUUGAAUUGGUGCUAGAAGGUAAUGACAUUAGAGGUAUCGUUGAUUAUUCUAAUAGUGAAUACGUAUGGAUCGAUGAAAUGCCAGAAUUGAAAUAUCUUUGGAUAUCUAAUAAUCGUAUAACCAAAAUAGAUGAAAGAAUCUUGAAAAAAAUGAACAAAUUAGUUACUCUUGAUCUUUCGAAUAACGAACUAGAAAGUAUUUCAAUAGCACAAAAUUAUGAAUUUAAUUCAUUAGAAAACAUAUAUUUAGAUCAUAACAAAUUAUUUUCAAUCUCUAUGAGACAUCGCUUAUCAAACUUAUCCAUUUUAUCAGUGACUUAUAAUGAGUUGAAGGAAAUUGUUCCGUAUUUUGUAGAUGCACCAAUUUUGAAGAAAUUGUAUUUAAGUAAUAAUGGAAUUAAUGCUAUUCAUGAACAUGCAUUUUCUAAACUUGAAUUGUUAGAAGAACUUUAUUUGCAGAAUAACGUUUUAGAACAAUUACCUAACAAAUGGAGUCAAAAUUUAAGAAAUCUUCGUUAUCUCAAUUUGUCAAAUAACGCAUUUAAAACUUUAGAAUCUUUAUCGCUUAUCCAGUCUUUACCAUUAAUAAAAAUUGAUUUCAUAAACAAUCCCAUAAUUUAUAUGAAAGUUGAAGUUUUGCAAAAUUUACCGAAAAAUGCAACCAUAUACUUGAUUCCGCAAUUUAAAGACAAUGAGUUAUCUAAAAGAAGUUUGUAGAAUUGUAUAUUAUAGGCUUAUUUAUAUUUUUCUGAAUUCUUGAUUAGCUGUUCCUUAUCUAUAGUUAAAUCUUGGAUGUAUGUUAAAAUGAGAUAAAUAAAAAAAUAAUAUUAACUUCGUAA